AGCGCUAAAUUGUGCCGCCGGAGGCGGUAACAUUGCACGUUAUAUUGAUUAAAGUUAUAAAAUUACUAUUUCACGAAAUACAUCAAAUGUGUUCAGAUAGUUAAAAGCAAGUUCGGCUUGCUGCAUUCAUUAAAGUCAAUAUAAUUAGGCCAGUCGACCAAUAACAUUCCAAACUCACGGUUCAAGAUAUUGUUUUCGGACGUUUAUCACUUUUUCAAUAAUGUCUAAAGUAAAACUUAACCUGAUCGCUGCGGCGUGUGAAAACAUGGGUAUUGGAGCAAACGGAACCCUGCCUUGGAGAUUAAAGAAAGAAAUGGCAUACUUCACAACGAUGACAACCAAAGUCUCAUCUCCCGACCAAGUAAAUGCAGUAAUAAUGGGCAGAAUCACUUGGGACUGUAUACCGGACAAGUAUAGACCGUUGUCCAAGAGGGUGAACAUAGUCAUGACUCGGCAUGUUGACAAUCUGAAGAAUAAGGUCCCUGAAGGUGUAAUAGUGGUUCCAAGCCUGGAUGAGGCCAUUAAGUAUAUUGACAGCCGGCCAGAUAUUGAGAGCACAUGGGUCAUAGGAGGAUCAUCAAUAUAUCAGGCAGCCAUGGCCCACCCAAACUGUGGCAAGAUCUACCUGACAGAGAUCCAGAAGUCAUUCGACUGUGACACCUUCUUCCCGAACAUUGACAAGCAGCAGUUCCACCUGGUCAAUGAGGAGGAGAUACCUGAAGAAAGACAGGUGGAGGGAGACAUCAGUUACUUCUUUAGGGUUUAUAAGAGGCUCUAAAAGCUUUCCUUUUCAUGGUUCCGUACCCAAAGGGUAAAAACCCUAUUACUAAGACUCCACUGGCCGUCUGUCUGUCACAAGGCUAUAAUUUCAUGAAUCGUGAUAGCUGGACAGUCGAAAUUUUCACAGAUGAUGUAUUUCUGUUGCCGCUAUAACAAUAAAUAUUAAAAAGUACGGAAUCCUCGGUAAGCGAGUCCGACUUGCACUUGUCCUGUUUUUUUUUUCAUUUAAAUAUACCGCUUGCAGAAUAUUGCAACUUUUGCAAGUUAUAAGAAUUGCACUAGGGUUUUACAAUCUAGGACCUAUGUUAAGUCAGGACGGCCGUGUCGUUAGAAGAUUUAUACAGGGUCAUUUUUGGACCGUUAGCCAUAUUGUGCGAGGUGAUUCGGUAGGCCAUACUGAACAACUUUUUCUAUGGUACCAACUCCGAAAUCACAAAAAAUUUUUUGGCCGUUUCAUAGAUUUUGGUCGUGUGGAUAUUGACGUUUUCUAUGGGGAGACCAAUUUUUUUUGGGAUUUCGGGGUUAGUCCCAUAGAAAAAGUUGUUCAGUAUGACCUACCUAAUCACCUCGCACAAUAUGGCUAACAGUCCAAAAAUUACCCUGUAUAUGUUUUAAAAGUUUGAACGGUCAAUGUCAAGUAUUUCAUUCUAAAUAAGGCCACAAGGUGGCACUCUUAGCUUUAGCUCACCUGCAUUUAUUUGUGGUUUUCCAUCACGGAAGGGUUGUUACAAUUCUUAUAGGUACUUCAAGUGCAAUAAGGACAUUUUUAUCUGAAAUUCCAACAGAAAUUCUGAUAGAAAGGUCCUUAUUGCACAUGAAGCAUAAGGAUCCUUCUCUAAUAGAAAGCCACAUUUGUCGAUCUUUUGACCGCCACGCCUAUUUUGUAUAAAUGCAAUAAUAAACUUUAUUUGAACGUAUUAAGGCUCAGUAUGCAGGCUAUGGCCAACUGAUGGUGGUCAAAGGGUUAAAAUUACGCUAGCCUAUGGAUGUUUAUAUAAUGUUAAAAUGAUUUACCAGAAUUUUGUCAUAUGAUAAGGUGUUAUAUUUUGUAUAUUAGCAAUAAAGUUAUUUUUGCACUG